UCUAUCUGCUCGUGUGAAAUGGGUUUGCCAAAGCUCAAUCAAACAAGUCGUUAUUCAAAAGCCUAUCUAAUAUUCAUGAACCGCGCAAGUCUUCUAUCCAACAGUUCUCGGAUCACCUUCAUUCUUAGCUUGAUUUUGUAUUUAUUAUGGAACAGUUGUACAUUCUUCGAACAUUUCAAUUGCAAUGGCUAAGAUUUCCUGUCUUUACCGGCAUGUUUUAAAAAUAUUUCAACUAUUUGGUUACCAUUGUUUUACUAUUGAUAGUAAUCGAAAUUGUAGAUAUUGGAUAGUUUGUUGGCUUAUAAAUGUUCUAUGUGGAAUUUUCCUUACAAUAUUCAUCUAUUGUUUCCAAUACAGUAUUCUGUAUAGUGAUAGUGAUUUGGGCUAUAUUGUAGAUUUCACCAAGUUUGUGGUCAAUUUUGGUGUUUAUUUCUGCUUUUUGAUUGAAUCGUUUUAUUAUCGAAAUGUGUUUAUUAGGUUGUGGAGUGAUCUCCAAAUAAUUGAAAAUUCUGUAUGUAAGUGGAUAACACAUUGGAGUCGAAAUGAAAAAGAAGUACUGAAUGAAUUUUGGAAAAUAUUCUUUUCAUUUUUCACGUAUCUCGUGUUUUGGGAUAUAUUCUACGCACUAGUUAUUUGCCCGGUAAUUCGUAGCUCAAACUUUACUUUGAUCUUUCUAGUGAUUUUUUCACUGACACAUCUUCGACAGUUUCUUGUCUUAUUUUAUACUAAGCUGAUUGCGUAUUACUUAAAUAUAGUGAAACGCCAAAUGCAUUUCAUUCAGUCGCAAAGUAGCGCUCUAGGUGUAUUGGACAAUCUGUCUUAUGACAUACAUUUGAUAAAGGAUGAAUUACGUAGUGUUGCUGAUGUAUGUGCACGACUUGAUCAAAUAGUUUUGACUCUUAAUAAAAUAAUUGGAUUUUCGUUGUUUAUAAUCAAAAUAAGAGAACAUGCUCAUCUUCUGACCGAUUCAUAUUGGAUCAUUUUCAGGAUACUGAAUGGUGGUUUUCUUCGGUCGUUGUUUUUAAUAUUGAGCUUAUCGUCGAAGUAUGUAUGUUUGGUGAUAAACUUCCAUGCGGUAGAACAUUUAUACGAUAUAAGGAAGAGUAUUCAAAACAUCAGCAAUGGUAUUAAUUUUGCUUUCCAGAACAAAAGCAAUUUUCACUGGCAAACGGUCGAAAGUUAUAAUUAUCGCAUUCAAUGGAGCCGGACAAUGCUGUCUGGUUAUGAUAUGUUUGGCUAUUCGUACAGCACCAUGUUUGAGAUUUGUUUAAGUGUCCUAACUUCAGUUGCAUUUCUCACUCAGAUGGCUGAUCGAACAUAUGAAAAUUGAACAAUGUUUCUGAAA